AUGAAUAAUAAUUACUUAAUGAAUGAGAAAGAGUUUGCGAAGAAGAUAUUCCCCCGACUUAUAAAUCUGAUGCCGAGUCCGAGCGCUUUGAUUAAAUCAAAACUUAUUAAAUCCGCUCUUAAGGCGGCAUUAAUUCCCAAAUUGGUUGCCAUUUAUGAGACAACCAAUGAUUUAGAGACACGACAAUUGGUUCGUAACAAUAAUCCAAAAGUUGUAAAACUGGUUCUCAAUAAUAAUUCUGUCAUCGAUUCCCUAUUAAGGCAAGUACAUUUGAAUGACUCAAAUGUUGACAAUGUCUUCAUUCUGGAGUCACUUCUUCUGAUCCAAUGUCUGAUCUAUUAUUCACCACAUUUUGAGACCACAUCUCAAGUGUUGGACACUUUAAUACAAUUAACAAAAUGUAACGAUUCUGUUGUCAUCAGUGAGUCUUUGUAUACAAUCUUUGUAUUCAAUGAGAGAUUCACAGAAUCGCGACAAUUGAUGAUCACAUCUAAAGCCGUGAAACAAAUUAUUCGGCUCUGGAUUGACUACAAAGACGACGAAACUAUAGUAAACCCAGCGUUUGGUAUAAUCUUAGGUCUUGUGGCCAGACAUCCAAACUAUCGGAAACAUCUGUUGGGCGAAGAGAUUGAUCUCUUGGAGCACAUCCCAGAUUUGGUCAAAACUAAUGAAUUCAAUAAGAUUAACGCAAUCACUAUUAUUAGUAAUAAUAAAAUAGUAUUAAUUAUUGUUAAUUUGUUUAUACAAUCCGUGUCCACACAUGUAUCACCAAAAGGAUGUCUACCAUCGCUGUGUUCACAACUAUCUUCGGAUGAUGAAGACUACGUGAAGACAGUAUUGAUAGCAAUCAUACACUUCCUGUUCAUUGAAUACAAGACAGUUUUGGCCAAAGAGAAAAAGCGACCGAAUUCGAGGUCAGUGUUGAGUCCGUUCGCCGAACUGAUCCGAGACUCGGAUGGUCUGCGGCUAUUGAACCGCAUUAACAACAACCGUAUGACCAAAGAGUCCGAUAACAGCGCUUACGGGCUGUCAGGCGUGGAGCGGGCGGUCGGGGAGAUACUGGCGCUGGCCUUCGGUGUGGAGACCCGGCCCUUAUGUCGCCAGCAGUCAUAUAUGGCUAAAACCAUACUUAACGGGUUUGCAUACAUAACGGGUCUAAAGGGUGGAGAAUUUAUUUACUGUCAAGUCUGCGAUAAAGGCAAGAAAAAGGUGACCGCAGACACCGGUAUAUUUGGGUGUAGACACGCGGCCUUAUGCCGGGGCUGCGCCACCGGUGCUCUCAUCAAACACUAUAACGGAGACCCAAAGACCCCCACCUGUAAGGUAACUAAAUGCGGUCGCGGUAUACCCAAUGACGUCGAGUGGUCGCUAUACGCCGACUCCGCCACUGAAUAUUACAAUGAGGUCCAUAACACGUCUGAGAAGCAAGCUACUUUUGUCCAAUACAUUGUUGGAUAUACAAUGUUGUAUAACUAUUUGGACUCGAAGGGGGUGGAGGUGGGGGUGCUCGAGAUGCAGGGAUUGGGUGUAUUUGUGGGCCGGCAUUUGCACCGCAACCACAUGUGUUGUUUCCGUAACUUAACGUCAUUUGAAGGCAAGAAUUUCAUAUAUAUAUUCUGGAUGAGCUCAAUAUCAACGGUAUUUCCCCGAUUACUGGAUCUGAUGCCGAGUCCGAGCGCUUUAAUUGUAUUGCAAUACAUAUUAUACAGUGAUUUCAAGAUUCAGAAAUCAAAACUUAUUAAAUCCGCUCUUAAGGCGGCAUUGAUUCCUAAAUUGGUUGCCAUUUAUGAGACAACUAAUGAUUUAGAGACACGACAAUUGGUUCAUAAAAUCUAUUUUGUUUUAUGUCUGGUCUUUAAAAAUAACCCAAAAGCUGUAAAACUGGUAUUCAAUAAUAAUUCUGUUAUAAAUCCGUUAUUGAGUCAUUUGAAUGACUCGAAUGUUGACAAUGUCUUCAUUCUGGAGUCACUUCUUCUGAUUCAAUGUCUAGUCUAUUAUUCGCCACAAUUUGUGACCACAUCUCAAGUGUUGGAGACUUUAAUACAGUUAACAAAAUUCAGUGAUUCUGUUGUCAUCAAAUCGCGACAAUUGAUGAUCACAUCUAAAGCUGUGAAACAAAUUAUUCAACUCUGGAUUGACUACAAAGACGACGAAACUAUAGUAAACCCAGCGUUUGGUACAAUCUUAGGUCUUUUGGCGAGACAUCCAAACUAUAGGAAACACCUGUUGGGCGAAAAGAUUAAUCUCUUGGAGCACAUCCCAGAUUUGAUCAAAACUAAUGAAUUCAAUAAGAUUAACGCAAUUACUAUUAUUAGGUACUGUGCAAUGCGACCCUUUGAAAGUAAAGCCUAUAAUAUAGGAAAUGAAAUCAAACAAAUAAUUGAUAAGAAAUUGUUUGAAAUAUGCGUUGAUUGCAUUCAAAACGAUCUUUCAAUGAAAGCGAGCAAAGAUCAAUUGGAAGAGUUGGCUCAGGCCCUUUGUUCACAACUGGAUUCCGAUGACAACGACUACUUGAAAACAGUAUUGAUAGCAAUCAUACACUUCCUGUUCACUGAGUUUAAGACAUAUUUGGCCAAAGAGAAGAAACGGCCGAAUCCGAGACAGACUUUGGGUCCGUUCGCCAACAUUAUCCAAGACUCGGAUGGUUUGAGGCUAUUGAACCGCAUUAACGACAACCGUAUGACCAAAGAGUCCGAUAACAGCGUUUACCGACUGUCAGACGUGGAGCGGACGGUGGAGGAGAUACUGGCGCUGGCCUUUGGUGUGGAGACCCGACCCAUACUGCGUCAGGAGUCAUGGGUGGCUCACACUGUGAUCAACCGUUUUGUACGCGAAGUAACAAAUAUUUACUGUCAGAGCUGUGAAAAAGAGAAGAAGUUAAAAGUGUUGGCCAACACUCCUAUCUUUGAGUGCUCGCACGCGGCUCUUUGCAGGGACUGCGCCACCGGUGCUCUCAUUAAACACUAUAACAACGACCUCAAGACCCCCACCUGUAAGGCAGCCAAUUGUGGUGCGGGUAUACCGGCGGACGUCGAGUGGUCGGUGAACGGCGACUCUUACAAUGAGGUCCAUAAAACAGCUGAACAACAAUUUGAAUACCUAAAAAUCAAUAUUAGCCUUACUAAGGCUACACUCAGUUUUGAGCACUACUACCACUCACUGUGUGCUGCUAUGACUCACACUAUGUGA